AUGCUACCAGUUUGACCUGCUAACUAUUAGACGAUGGGAAGAAAAAAGUGCAUUAGUUCAACGCGUGAAAUGUCUUAUACAUGACCAAGAGACCGAAGAGAAGGAAGAUGGGCUGCUUCGCUUGUUGCAUGUCUGAUCCAAAUGUUGGCAGUAAGUCAUUGAAGAAGAGCAUUAAGGAGUAUGGUGACGCCAAAAGAUUAGCCUCAUUCGUUAACAUCUCCUUCAAAUCCGAUGGCAGCAAGAGAAGAUACAUAGCAGAAGAGAUAGCAAAAAUGGGCAAAGGUAGUAUUCCUGCCCAUGUCUUCACAAUAGGUGAGCUCUCAGCUGCAACCAACAACUUCAACCAUGAGGCUUUGAUCGGAGAAGGCGGCUUUGGGAGGGUGUACAAAGGCCAUGUAGAGAAGACAAAUAAUAGUGUUGCUGUUAAGAGACUAGACAGGAAUGGGUUCCAAGGCAACAGAGAGUUCCUUGUAGAGGUUUUCAUGUUGAGUCUUCUUCACCAUACUAAUCUCGUGAACAUGGUCGGAUAUUGCUGUGAUGGUGAUCAAAGGAUUUUGGUUUAUGAGUACAUGGCCAAUGGUUCCUUGGAGGAUCACCUUCUCGAUUUGGCUCCAAACAAGAAGCCUCUGGACUGGAAGACCAGGAUGAAAAUCGCUGAAGGAGCAGCGAGAGGGCUCGAAUACUUGCAUGACACAGCCAAUCCCCCGGUCAUUUACCGAGACUUCAAAGCAUCCAACAUACUAUUGGAUGAGGAUUUCAAUCCAAAGCUCUCCGAUUUUGGCCUUGCCAAGCUCGGCCCGACCGGAGACAAGACUCAUGUGUCCACAAGAGUGAUGGGGACUUACGGCUACUGCGCGCCUGAGUAUGCACUUACAGGCCAGUUGACGACAAUGUCCGAUGUAUACAGCUUCGGCGUCGUGCUCUUGGAGAUCAUCACAGGAAGAAGAGUGAUCGAUAAUUCUAGACCGACUGAGGAGCAAAAUCUUGUCACUUGGGCACAACCAUUGCUUAAAGACAGAAGGAAGUUUACUCUCAUGGCCGACCCCCUCCUAGAAGGAAACUACCCCAUAAAGGGUCUCUACCAAGCACUUGCAGUGGCAGCCAUGUGUCUGCAAGAAGAAGCCACCAUCAGGCCCUUGAUGAGCGAUGUGGUAAUGGCCCUCGAGUACCUGUCUGACAAGAGGGCUGCAGGUGUUGAUGGAGAUGAAGAAGACGAGGAUACCAACAAGAAUGAAGAUGAGGGAGAAGAAGAAGAAGAAGAAGAAGAAGAAGAAGAGAUUAAGGACACAACUUCAUCUGAUAGAAACAGAAGUGGAGGUAUUGAGACUGAUCAUGAUGAGGACAAUGGUGAAUCCAAUGGAAAGACAACGAAAAAGGAGGAAGAUAUUCAGUGACGAAUAUUACAGAUUUUGUUCAAGGUUUCUUGAGAAUUUUGUUGUCUAUUGGGGGUAAUGAGCUCAGAUUGUAAGAGGGUGUAUUCUUACAUGGAUGAAGAUUAUGACAGUUGGAAGUUUUCUUUAUGGUUUAGAGGGAUGUAUAGUGAAUUUUUUGUGUGAUAAUCAGUUGUGAAGAUGAGGUAUCGAAUGGUUGUCACCCAUAAUUUGAUGCUUAUAAACUCUAUGACUUGAGAAGGGUUUCUAGA